UUCAAUAUAAAUUUAAAUAUCUAAUUUUUGAUCAUUUUGGUCUAAUUUUGGAUCAUUUUAUAUGUUUCUGUUAGAUUUAUGAUAAUUAUAAAAUAUUAUUUUCUUGUUGUUCAAAUCUAAUGACACCCCAAACAGAAAAAAAAAAGGGAUAAUCAUAUUUCGGAAGUUUGCUAUUUAAACAGUUACUGUACUUCAAAUUUACUAAGCCUGAUCCUGUCAUGGUACCUUCUAUAGCAACAAUAUGCAGGAAAUUUUCUGGCCUUCUUCUUCUUCCUCUGUGGAUACUGAGUCUGCAAAACGCCACAAGCUUAGCAGAUUCUUAUGGGUAUUGGCCUGGCAAGGAACACAACCCAACACAAAGCUGGCUAAACCAUGGAGGAAACAUUUACAACAGAAGAUAUGCAGACAAAGAAACCAACAUCAGCCCAAAAACAGUUUCCAAGCUAAAAUUGAAAUGGGAAUUCUAUGCAGGAAAAGAUAUUUCAGCAACACCAGCAAUUUUCAAUGGAUCCCUUUACUUUCCUUGCUCGAAUGGUUACCUGUAUGCUGUUAAAGCAUCAGAUGGAUCUCUGAUUUGGAAGAAAAACUUGCACAAGUUAACAGGCCUUCUUGGUAUACUUUCUAAUGAUAGCAUAGUUUCAAGAAAUACUCCAACAAUAGCAGAUGAUGAUCUUCUUGUUGUCGGAAUUUAUAGCCCUGGUUUUAUUAUUGCUGUGAAGAGAUCAACUGGAAAGCUUGUGUGGUCAACUCAGCUUGAAACUCACCCUUCAAGUCUUAUUACUAUGUCUGGAACUUACUACAAGGGGUUAGUCAUUCUUCUUUCUCUCAUAUACCUCUUCAUUUUGAAUACUAGUUUAGUUAUCAUCACAUACAGGGAUAGAAAUGGGUAG